AUGAAUUUCUUAUUAAAUCCGCAAUUUCGUCGUAUAUUUUGUUUAAUGGUGCGUCAAAAUUUUUCUAAAGAAUGCGAAGAUGCUUUGAACAAACAAAUCAAUAUGGAAUUGAAGGCGUGCCACGCUUACCUAGCAAUGGCCUAUCAUUUUGAUCGCAGUGAUGUGGCCACAACAGGCUUAUUCAAUUUUUUUAAACAAGCUAGCUUAGAAGAACGUCACCAUGCCGAAUUAAUUAUGGAGUAUAUGAAUAAACGUGGCGGCCAAAUUAUUCUUAGCAGUGUACCGGAGCCUAAGGCGUCAUACGUUUCGGCCAAAGAGGCUUUAAUCGAGGCAUUGAAUAUGGAGAAGGAAGUUAAUGAGUCUCUUUUAGAUGUUCAUGCGACCGGUGCGAAAGUAAACGAUCCAAAUCUUUGUGAUUUCAUUGAAACUCACUUUUUGCAAGAACAAGUGGACGGACUGAAAAUAUUGGCCGACUUUAUCAGACAACUGGAACGAGCUGAAUGCGAUUUGGGCGUUUAUUUGUUUGAUAAAUAUUUGCUUAAUGCCCAUAUGCACAAUAAAGCGAAAUAA